CUUCCCGGGUCUAAACACACUCUUUGGUGCUUUCCAGUUUCCUGAAGCUUAUAUGCAGCGAGUGGACCGGCACAGACGUGAAGAGAAUUGGUCUGAGCAAAACAGAGGGUGAAACAAGUGAGGCAGCCGAGUUCUGCUCGUUUAACUUGUUUACUCCUUCCACACUUUUUCUUUAUCGGACACGAGGAUCAGAGGACACUGCAGAGAAGGACAGCGGAAGUGUGAAGCCAGUGUCUUCUGCAUGAGCGCUGUGAUGAGCCCUCUGAAGUGAGCGCGGCUGAACCCCUCUCACAGAGCAUGCCUCUGAGUCCGGCAGCCGGCAAACAUGAGCCAGCGGAGCAGCGGCAGCAGGAGGCGGAGUUGCUGCUGCAGCAGCAGCUGUGUGCUACCAACGGCGACCGGGGCGACUCGGACAGCUCCAGAGAAGACUCCGUGUACGACACCAUCCGCUCGGUGGCCGACAAGCCCCCCGCCGGCCCCAUGGACGAGCCCCGAGGCAGCACCAUCGUGAUCCGCAUAGGAAUCCCGGACCUGCAGCAAACAAAAUGCAUGAAGUUCAACAUGGACGCCCCCAUCUGGUCCUCCAAGCAGCGCAUCCUGUGUACUCUGAAUCAGAGCCUGAAGGACGUGCUGAACUACGGCCUGUUCCAGCCGGCCUACAACGGCAAGGCUGGCAAGUUCCUGGACGAGGAGCGGCUGCUGAAGGAGUACCCCCUGCCGGCCAUCGCCCCCGUGCCCUAUCUGGAGUUUCGCUACAAGAGGCGUGUUUACACUCAGAGUCAUCUGGACGAUAAACAGCUGGCCAGGCUGCACACCAAGGCCAACCUGAAGAAAUUUAUGGAGCACGUCCAACAGAGGAACACUGAGAAAGUCUCGAGGAUGCUAGAGAAAGGGCUCGACCCGAAUUUCCACGAUCCGGAUUCAGGAGAAUGUCCCCUGACGAUGGCAGCCCAGCUGGACGGAUCUGCAGAGCUCAUCAAAGUUCUGAGGAGCGGAGGAGCCCACGUGGACUUCAGGACCAAGGACGGCAUAACGGCUCUGCACAAGGCCGUGCGCAGCAAGAACCACGUGGCCCUCAUCACGCUGCUGGACCUGGGUGCAUCCCCGGACUACAAGGACAGCCGGGGCCUGAGCCCGCUGUACCACAGCUCCAUGGUGGGGGGAGACCCCUACUGCUGCGAACUGCUGCUGCACGAUCACGCGCAGGUGGGCUGCCUGGACGAGAACGGCUGGCAGGAGAUCCACCAGGCCUGCCGCUAUGGACACGUGCAGCACCUGGAGCACCUGCUGUUCUAUGGUGCGGACAUGAGUGCGCAGAAUGCCUCGGGAAACACAGCGCUGCACGUCUGCGCCCUCUACAACCAGGACAGCUGUGCCAGGGUUCUUCUGUUCCGAGGGGCCAACAAAGAAAUUAAGAAUUACAACAAUCAGACAGCCUUUCAGGUGGCCAUCAUCGCCGGGAACUUUGACCUGGCUGAGAUCAUUAAGAUCCACAAAGUAUCGGAUGUCGUGCCUUUCAGGGAAACCCCUACCUAUACCAACCGGCGGCGUCUGGUUACCAGUGGCCUGGCUCCACCCCACUCCCUGCUGCGCUCCGCCAGUGACAACAACUUGAAUGUGGAUGGGGGCCGGGGCUACUAUUCGCCGGCGCCAUCGCUGCGCAGCCUGCCCCCCGCCGACGCCGCUGACAGCAGCUUACAGAGCACAGCCAGCUCACGCAGCUCACACUCACGCUCGCCGUCACUGCGCCGUGCCCAGGACGAGGCCGAGCGCCUGGGGCUGCGCCGCGUGGCCCGAGGUCGUCUCAGCCCCAGCACGGUGCAGCGGGAGCCCAGCCCCCCGCCCCCGCAGCCGGCCGCCAUCACGGGGCCCCGGGGCCCCAAACGGAAGCUCUACAGCGCGGUCCCCGGGCGCACCUUCAUUGUGGUGAAGCCUUACACACCACAGGGGGAGGGCGAGAUCCAGCUCAACAGAGGGGAGAGGGUGAAAGUGCUGAGCAUCGGCGAAGGGGGAUUCUGGGAAGGCUCCGUGAAGGGACGCACUGGCUGGUUCCCCGCAGAAUGUGUGGAGGAGGUGCAGAUGCGGCAGUAUGACCCUCGCUUGGAGACACGGGAGGACCGGACCAAACGCCUCUUCAGACACUAUACCGUGGGCUCCUACGACACCUUCACCUCCUACAGUGAUUACAUCAUUGAAGAGAAGAAUGCUGUCCUCCAAAAGAAGGAGAAUGAAGGCUUCGGAUUCGUGCUACGUGGCGCUAAAGCGGAGACGCCCAUCGAGGAGUUUACGCCCACGCCGGCCUUUCCUGCGCUCCAGUACCUGGAGUCCGUGGAUGUGGAGGGCGUGGCCUGGAGGGCGGGCCUGCGCACAGGAGAUUUCCUGAUCGAGGUAAACGGAGUCAAUGUGGUGAAGGUGGGCCAUAAGCAGGUGGUCUCUCUGAUCAGACAGGGGGGCAGCCAUCUGCUCAUGAAGGUGGUCUCGGUUACCCGCAAGCCUGAGUCAGAAGAGGUGGUCCGGAAGAAAGCUCCGCCACCACCCAAGAGGGCGCCCAGCACCACCCUGACGCUGCGGUCCAAGUCCAUGACAGCUGAGCUGGAGGAGAUCGCUUCUGCAAGGAGGAGAAGAGGGGAAAUGCUGGACGAAAUGCUGGCCUCCCAGGAGCCUGUGCUGCGGGCAGCGGUGGCCGAUGCCGACUACAGGGCUGCCACUGUGAAACAGCGCCCGACGAGCAGGAGGAUCACGCAGGCCGAGAUCAGCUCGCUGUUUGAGCGGCAGGGAAUGGUGCUUCAUGGAGGGAUUCCCCUGGAGAUGGACAAAAGUCACAUUCAGCUGCCCAAAGGAAUGUCCAGGACCAAGUCUUUCGGGGCGACUGAAGAGGAUAGAAUCUCCGCUCUGCUCGCAGAACAUCGGUUUCCAAGGAGCUCGUCAAUGACGGACAGCCUGAGAGAGAGCCGCAUCAUCCCUCCACCUCCCCAAAGUGCCCCCCCGCCACCCCCAUCUCCAUACUACCUGGACACAGGCCCCCCACCCUCUUUCUGUCCCCCCCCUCCCCCCGGGCGGGGUCAUGAUCAAAGUCGCUCCAGCUUUAAGCCAGGUUCCGAGGCAAAGCUGCACGGCCUGUCGCAGGUCGUUACCCCAGCCGAGAUGUAUGAGCCACCGCGGCCCUCAGCCCACGCUGAGCGGCAGAAGAAGGCCCGCUCCAUGAUCAUCCUGCAGGACUCAUCGCAUCUCCCCGUGGAACCCACCGACAUUCCCCGCCCUGGGCCGUCCUCCACCCCUCCCGAAAAGAUCAAACGCAAAGGGAGAGUGAUUGACAACCCCUAUGCCAACGUGGGCCAAUUCAGCAUUGGCCUUUACACUCCCACCAAGCCCCAGCGCAAGAAGAGCCCCCUGGUCAAGCAGCUGCAGGUCGAAGAUGCACAUGAGCGAGUGUCUUUGGCACUCGCGUCUGCCCAUGCCAGGGACCAGUCCCCUUCAGGCAGAAUCCCUCACACAAGCCGAUCCGAGUACUACCAGCAGCAGCUGCUGCAAGAGCGAACCCGGUCCCCUGGUGAGGGCCAGCAGGCCAAGGGUCCCUUUGCCGCUGCCAUCGCCGGGGCCGUGAAGGACAGAGAGAAGCGGCUGGAGGAGCGUAGGAAAUCCACAGUCUUCCUAUCUGUAGGCACCAUGGAAAGUAGCGGCAGUGUGUCGGAGCAGCCGUCUUUGACGCAGUCCCGGUCCGUGGAUGACAGGCUUCUCAGCAGGGAAUUGGGCCAGCUGCCUCCCCCCAUCUUCGCUUUGCGACCAUCACAGAGCGGAACCACCUUCAUCCACCCCCUGACCGGGAAGCCCCUGGACCCCAACUCCCCCCUCGCCCUUGCGCUGGCCGCAAGAGAGCGGGCUCUGACAUCCCAAAGCCAGUCACCUGCCAGCAGCCCAGAGCCCAGGACUAAACAGGAGAAACUGUUGUAUGUUGAUACCCAGACCAAAGAGGCAGAGCAAUUGGAGGCAGAGGGUGGGUUAAUAUCACCCCCUUAUUCUCCUGGAACUAAAGAAGGUUAUCAAAUUACACCAGAGGAUGUGACCCCUUCAAGAGAUCAAUGGGGGACCCCCACCAUGCGGCGCAAAGAAAUUUUGAUGACGGAGGACAGGGAGCCAGAGGAUAAGAAGAACAUGUUGAUUGGUAUCAUGGACCCUUCCCCGGAGAAGGCAGCUGGCCUCAUCAUGCUUCAUGCAACCAGCAAUGGGCAAGCACUGGGACUCAGUUUGGAAGAGCCUGCAGCAUCACCCAAAGGGGUGACUCCUGAGCCUGCUGAACCAGCCUUAGCUGAAGGAAAGGCCCACGUACCGAUGCCAGAAACCACCACCUCCCAACCACCAGCGGGGCCAGCUGUGGAGAAAACGCUGGCGCAAGGCAGCUCUGAGGAGGACGUGGAACCCUACACUGUCACCCUCCCGCCUGCCCUGCUGACCUCAAGUGACGAAGAGACCCGAGAGGAGCUCCGGAAGAUCGGGGUGGUGCCCCCACCGGAUGAGUUUGCCAAUGGCUUACUGCCAAAGGUGGUUCACGCCCCUGUGUCUCAGCUGGCAAAACCGGCUGCACCUUCCACUUCAAGCCAAGCAGUGGCAGCAGCCCCAUCUGCUGGUGGAACACCCUCAGGGAAGCCUUCUGACACCCACCUGGUGCCCGAGUCUGCCGACUCUGGGGUUGAAGAGGUGGACACCCGCAGCUCCAGCGACCACCAUCUGGAGACCACGAGCACCAUCUCUACAGUCUCCAGCAUGUCCACACUGUCGUCAGAGAGCGGUGAGCCCACCGACACGUACACCUCCUACGCCGACGGGCAGACUUUUAUACUCGACAAGCCGCCAGUGCCUCCAAAGCCCAAACUCAAGUCCCAGCUCAGCAAGGGGCCUGUGACCUUCAGGGACCCUCUACUGAAGCAGUCCUCGGAUAGCGAGCUCCUCUCCCAGCAACACGUGGCUGCACUGGCUGCGGCCGCUGGUACCGGCCGACCCCGCUACCUCUUCCAGAGAAGGUCCAAGCUUUGGGGGGAUCCCGUGGAGACGCGGCCGCUGCCCGGUCCCGAGGACGGCAAGCCCACUGUGAUCAGUGACCUGAGCUCCAGGCUCCAGCAGCUGAACAAGGACACGCGCUCGCUUGGUGAGGAGCCCAUGGGAGCACUCGACCCUGGGAGGAAGUCGCCGGUCUCGGGAGCCAGACUAUUCAGUAGUUUAGGAGAGCUGCACACCAUCUCUCAGAGGAGCUACGGCACUACCUACACCAUCCGACCCGGCACCCGGUACCCUAUUACCCGUCGGACUCCCAGCCCGGGCAGAGGCUCCUCCUCCCCUGAUAGGACAGACCCUCUAGGGCUGGGGCGGAGCUACGGCUUGGCUACAUCCCCCACGACCCCACCCACCAUCCUCAAGUCAUCCAGUCUGAGCAUCCCGCAUGAGCCCAAGGAGGUGCGCUUUGUGACGCGGAGCGCCCGCAGCCGCUCGCCCUCGCCUUCGCCCUCGCCCACGCUGGCCUCCCCCCUGCUCGCUCUCAGGCCCUUCCACCAGAAGCCCCUGCAUCUAUGGAAUAAGUACGAUGUGGGUGACUGGCUGGAGAGCAUCAACCUGGGCGAGCACCGCGACCGCUUCCAGGAGCACGAGAUCGAGGGCUCGCACCUGCCGGCCCUGACCAAGGACGACUUUGCCGAGCUGGGCGUCACGCGGGUGGGCCACCGCAUGAACAUCGAGCGCGCUCUCAAGCAGCUGCUGGAGAGCUGACCCCUGCCACCGCCGUUCCUCUUGGGCUCCGCCUUUCUUUUCCCUUCAAGCCUUUAGCGUUCUGUUUCUAUUAUCAAUUGAAAUGAUAUAUAUACAGUCCCUGCGCUGCACUGUAAGGAAGGUAAAAGACCCGCCCCCUGCCCUCGCACUCAGCCAGUCGGCCUGGAGUGACAUCUUGCUUCUCCAGGAAGAAAGUUGCAUGAAUUCCAGAAGGAAGGUCCCAUUUGUGCACGCUUGGCGUCAAAGCCCCGCCCCUUUCUGCAAACCCCAGCCCCGCCCCAAGCAUCCUGUCCCCGCCCAUUUUUGCAAACCCCAGCCCCACCCCAAGCAUCCUGUCCCCGCCCACUAUCUUAACAGCCUCUAGUUUUCCAGGUGAAACGGUGUCACCUUGGAAAAGCUUCCAGAAGGAAAGUUCCGUUGCCUUUCCAAAUAUUUUUAAUGAUCAGUAAUGAAAAGCAGAGUCCUGGCAACAGACCUUCAUCUGAGGGGGGGGGGGGGGGGUCAUGCCUCUCACAUUUGGAAUUUUAAUAGAGCAGUUAUAUUCAUCCAGUACGGGACGGUCAUUAUGGGGCAAACAGUCGCAAUGGAAGGUGUGAUAUUUUCAGAUUCUUUUACUGACUGUGGGAUUAUAUUAGGAGAAUGUUUUAACAACAAUAUUGGCUUUUUCAUAAUCAAGGUGUUAUUUUCAAAAAGAAAUAUUGCAUAGAUAUGAUUUGUGUAUUUAGAUUAAAACUUUAAAUAAGGAAGAUUUUAAUGUCUCCAUUCAAAAGAUGGAGGUUUGACAAUAAAAAGCUGGUAUAUAUAAAGAUAUAUAAAGAUAUAUAAUAUAUACCGUUUUGUUAUAGAUUCCCUAACCCUAUGAUACACGGUGUUACAUAAAGCUACAUUGUGUCAAAUGAACUUUCCUGAUGUGAUCCUUCCUGACACCCACAACCUCCCCCCCAGCUCCAAGGUUUCUGUCACACUUUCCUCUGUCAUGAAACAUGGUCUUCCGUCUGAAAAAGCACACACCCCUACAGGGGGCCCUGGACACCUACUCCAUCAUAACGCACCCCCAGCCCUCCAUCCCGUCAGUGAAUUCAGUUUUGGAUGUACCCGAGAAAGAUGAUCGGCAAUCAGAUUGGGGGGGUGGGGUGUUACCAAGCCAGGUAGGUCUGCAGGGCUCCCCCCGGUCCUUCUGAAUUCUGAAAGUAGGGAUUGUCCUGUUUCUGGUCUUCAGCAAGGGUUUUCUCCUCCUCCUGUUCCUCCUCGCCUCCUUCUCCUGUUCAUCCUCCUCCUUCUACGCCGUUUCCAAAGCCCACUUCUGCCCUCCUCCCUUCUCUCUGCUUGUUUUGGAACAAAUCUGGACAAAAUUGUGUUUUUCCGCCCCAAGCUCCCAUCUGUAAAUAGAAACAAAGAAAAUUGCUUUUUUUUAUUAUUCACGAGCCAUGUACAUAUAGUUUUCAUAUAAUUUUUCUAAAAACGAAAUAUAUGUAUAAUUAUAUAUAAAUAUAUAUAUGAAUGUUUGCCAUAUAUGCAUCUCCUGUCAGAGUGUGAGAAGAAUUCGUUCUUUCAAUUAACUAUGAAUUAGGGGAUGAUUUGCACAAAUCCAGGUGCUAACACAAAGCCAUCCAUCCAUCGUUGGGGUGCACAGACCCCUCUGUGCCCUGCAAGGCCAGCCUCUGCCCUGUUUGGGGGCUUCUCUUCCCUCCCCUGCUCUCCUGCAGCUUGUCUGUCCCCAUAUUUAUCACGGUGUGUGUGUCUGCGUGCUCGGGUGCCCUAUUGGAUUGUCCGUUGGCCCCAACACAGCUAGAGCCUGUCUGUGCAGGAAUCCUCCAUGUCCCGCACACACAUACCCUUCUCCUGCAGGGCUGUUGGCUCUGUGCCGCCUCUUUAGCAAUAUCUACUAGCAUGCAGGACCUCAGCAGAGUUGUGUGAGGCACCCCCGUGUGGCAGGCCAACUGAACAACAGCAGUGGAGGCUGUUAGACAGCGUGUUGUCUUGGAGAACUCCAUCGUCCACAGAAGGAAGGAGCAGAAUCUCGUACACCACUUCUGAUUUAAAAUGCCAGGAGAUAGAGAGAAACAACUGCUUCAGUAUUCACAAUAUACAUUUGUGCUCUUGACAACCAUUUUAAGAUUUAUUUUGUAAUGCACUGUUAUUGGUUUGACUUAAGAUUUAUUUGAGGUUAAAUAUCUCAUGGAGUGAUAACUGUGCCAAAAAGUAUUUGCCUUUGUACGUCUUACUUUUUUUGACAUGUAUUUGUUGAAAUUAAACAGUGUGUAAGAGCUGUUAGACUGUGCUGCCCCCUCCUGGCGAUUUUGAGUACUGCUAACAUUCGCUAAGAUCAUGACCAUUCCUGCUGUGUGUGUACAUGAUUUUGUAUGUAUUCAUAUAUAUUUUGACGAUAUGCCUGUGCAGGUAGUGGACAAAACAAAAAGCAUUAAAAGGUCAUACCACACUUGUAUACAGUUACACGGCUACCCCAUGUAUGUAUGUAAAAGCUGCUUGUUUUAACUCCCACAAACAUCCUAAUGGAAUCCGAAUGGUUCUGGUGGAUCUGAAUGUCUGCGAGUUGGGAUCUGGUGACCUCGGCCAGGGUGGAGUCGACUUGGACUGAAGGAAGAGAGAUGCUGGUGCAGAUGGAUGUGGGGGCAGGCUGUAAGGAGUGUGGGUGCACCAUGUGUGGUACCUCUUCAGGGAAGACUACGGCCCUCCGGAGACUGGGGGCUUGUAGUCUAGCUGCCGACAUUGAGCUCAGCGUACGGCAACCCCACUGCUCCCCCCCAGCCAAUAGACAGUGUGGCACACUUCCCUGUCACAUGAUGCGUGUCCAAUGAUGCGCCCUGCUUUCCAGGCUUGGCACUCUCCACUCCGCAGGUUGGCGUCCUCACCAGAGUCCCGUGUCCUCGUUCCUUAUCACCAUCAAACCGUAUCCGUGAGACGGACCCGCCCUGGACUCACAGGCACCGCACAGUGUCAGCUGCCACCAGCCCGGACGCACCGCGUGGCCACACGCCCACUGACAUUUAGUUGUUGUGAAUUUCUUUGUUUGUCCACUACCUCUAUAUAAACACACUGCCUGCUUUUGUGGGAUUUUCAUUAAGAUACUGCUUCAUAUUCUGUGCAAAGUAUGACAGUAUUGUUGGUUUACAGUACAGUAAGUUUUUGAAAAAGGAAUUUUAGUCUGGUGGCUUUUCCUGUUUGAUUUCCACUGCUUUCCAGAAAGAGGAGAUGGGGCGUAUACUCAGAAAGGAGGAAUGCAGUUCAGGUUCAUGUUGUGUCUCUGGGACUUACGGCCUUUCAAAUAGCUUCUUGUUUAAUUAAUUGUGUUAUUUCCCGAUCCGAUACCAUAUCAAAAUGAAAGUGUCAUUUACUUUGUCUGGUAGGGUGUGAUUGUGUCGAUGCUACUGAAGAAGCACAGGACUCUUGCUGGUCCCACACGGCCGGCUUUUUCUGGUGUUGCUGAGCUGCUGUAGGAGGGUAAGCAGGUAGGAGCCUAAAUGAGCCCAGUUUCUCCCUCAAAGAAAUCCUAGGGAAUUAUGGGUCGUAGCUGGAACACUUUUGCUCUGGGAUAUAAAAUUAUUUGUGGAAUGUGCAUAUAUACAGACAUGGAGUCAUAACUGAUGUGAACUGACCUUUAGGGAGAGUUUUGGUCACCAAAGCUGACCUGAGAUCAGUCUGCUCAGUUUAAUGUGGAAAUUGCCUUUGCCUUAAUGAUUGGCUCUGGUGUCCAGCUUUAAUGCCGUUUAAAUGUUCGCCUCUGAUCCUCACCCAUCUGGAUCUGGCAGAGACAGUACUGCUGCUUUAUUUUAAAUGAGAAGCAGGCAGAGGCUUAGACCAUGUCGUGAAAAGAGAAGGGAAAGUCAUUCAGCCAGAUUGCUGGCGUUAUAAUACAGAGUCGGUCUGACAGCGUAAUACUCUAGGAUGCUCCAGUAUGCACGAAAAGGCCGUUUGUCUUUCCAUUGUUAACAGUUAUUGGGCUAAAUUUUAUGCCUGGGUCAAAAAAAAAAAGAAUAUGUCAAUGGAGGAUUCUGUUUAAAAAUCAGGUUUGGACUUUCAGCACUUUCCAAUAAUUCGUACAUUUUAUUCUGCGAGUGACACGUGUGCAGUGGCAGGAUAAACGGGCCCGGAAGCUUUCUAAUAGUAGUUAUGUUAUGGUUGUGAAAAACAUUUAGCCGGUCAGCUGCUGUAACCCUGUUAGUUGGUGGUGCAAUAAAACUGUCACUGCACUUAUAAGUACAAGCUGCAAUAUAUAAAACGCUGGAUUAGCGAUAGCGUCGGGGCUCAGGUGCACCUGCAGCUCGCCAGACACAGCGGGGAAUCCCCCGUAUGGCUCAUCCACCGUGUGACACUAUUACACGCAGCGGUGUGUGUUUUUCACCCGUUCACGUCAGCAUUGCGGGCCGAGAGAGGCGCUUCUGUGAAUGUAUUAAGCUGAAGGUCUGUGAUCUCCCAGCACACGGUGAUCACUCAUUCGCUGUUAAUACCCCCAAAGUCAAUGUUUCAUAAGCUUUUCAAUUAAUGUGGUGUGAUAUAGCGGUAGAAGAUGUUAGGCUAAAUGAUUGAAAAUUAAUAUUUUAAAUAAUUUGUUAAAGUAGAACAGCGUUUUUUUUUUACUUUUAAUUAGAGUCAUGACAGUUGGAUUAAAGAAUGCAAUGACGAUGGAAAGCCUGCAGGUGGCAGCAGGAACUCUAGCCAGAAUGGUUUUGAAAUUUUAACUCUGGCUCUGCAAUACACGAAUAAUGCGAUCAGUUGUUCUGGGUUUCCCUGCUGUCCCUUGACGGUGUCUAUGCAGGGUGUCCGAAGCAAUUCUACACUCUUUAUUCGGCUCCAAACACUCUCCCUAACUUACCCGAGGGAUUUAGGCUUUUUUCUAAGACGUUAUUCACACGAACAUGAAUCUGAGGUGUAAAAUGAGCCCUCGGACCCCCUUGUGAUAUUUACACUAAAGAGAUAUAUGUUUGUUAUAUCAUGUAAUAAAUUUAUUAUUGAAAUCA